AAAAUUCUGUUUUUCUUCUUUCCAAAACAAAGUCAAGCUUUUUUAUUCAUGGAACCCUCAACUAAAAAGUAGAAGAAUACCAAACCCAACCCAGACCUAGACUUGAAAGAAAGAAAGAAAGAAAGAAUAACAUCAUUACCUCCUUUUUCCUUCAUUUCUUCUAAGAUUUCAGAUAAACAAAAUCCUCUGUUUUUCUCUCUAUUUCGUGGCUGAGUCAAGAAAGCCUUCUUUAUUUCAUCAUCGUCAUCAUUUGAGGAAAUUAGGAGAUGAAUCUGAAGCUAUUAUUCAAUCCAACAAGACCCAUGUUUCAGGUUUUAAGAUGAUCGAGGCUAACAUGGCCCAUGGAACAAAAGAUGCGGGUGGAUUUUGUUUGUGAUCAUUCACAUUCCAUAAGAGUUCUGUCACAUGGCUGGUCGAACUCCCCGCUUCACAUCAAGACGGCCUCCCUCUAAGUCUCUCUUGAUUCUAGUCCUUUUUCUACUUAUCCCUGUCUGUGUCAUCACAAUCUUUACUCACGGACAGAAGAUUUCAUACUUUUUCCGGCCACUUUGGGAUGUUGCUCCAGCCCCUUUCAACCAUAUCCCUCAUUACUAUGCUGAGAACGUGUCAAUGUCCCAGCUCUGCACCCUCCAUGGCUGGUCUCUUCGUUCUGAACCUCGUCGAAUCUUUGAUGCUGUAAUCUUCAGUCAUGAGCUUGAUUUAUUAGAACUGAGAUGGCACGAACUCGACCCUUACAUCACUAAAUUCAUCAUUCUUGAGUCAAACACCACCUUCACUGGAAUUCCAAAACCUCUAUUCUUUACCCAAAACCUUGAGAGGUUCGAGUUUGCUGGGGAAAAGAUCGUUCACAAUGUCUUCUCUGGUCGAAGAGCCGCUCGUGGGGUUUAUGAAGAUCCAUUUGUUCUAGAAUCCGAGCAACGUGUAGCCAUGAACAGAUUAAUACGGCAUUCAGGGAUCUCUAUUGAUGACAUUCUUAUAAUGUCGGAUACAGAUGAAAUUCCAAGCCCCAACACAGUAAAACUGUUACAAUGGUGUGAUGGUAUACCGCCGGUGAUGCACCUGCAACUUAAACACUUCAUGUAUUCCUUUGAGUUCCCAGUGGAUUUCAGCAGUUGGCGUGCUACAGCUCAUGUAUACGAGCCUAGAACACGUUACCGUCAUUCUCGCCAGUCAGAUUACAUUCUCUCUGACGCAGGUUGGCACUGCAGUUUUUGCUUUCGCAGGCUUCAAGAUUUUGUAUUCAAGAUGACUGGGUAUAGUCAUGCAGAUCGCGUGCGGAAACAAGACUUCCUUAACUAUUCGAGAAUUCAGAAGAUUAUCUGCCAGGGGAAUGAUCUGUUCGACAUGUUACCAGAAGAGUACAGCUUCAAGGAGUUGAUUAAGAAGAUGGGUUCAAUUCCAAAGUCGGCUUCUGCUGUUCACCUCCCUGCUUACUUGUUGAAGAAUGCUGAUAAGUUCAAGUUCUUUCUCCCUGGAGGUUGUCUGCGGCCCGAGUAAAAAGCUAUAGGUUAGUUUACUAGUGUCCAUAUAGGAAAAGCUAAAAGCAGUGUAGUUUGUUACAAAUAUUGAUUUUUUAUAGAAUUGAAAUGAUAUGAUCAUGUUAGAAAUGUUUGGAGGUAGUAUACCUCUUGUAGAAUUCAGAGGCUGGAUUGCCCGGGUUUUGGUUUUGUAAUAUAGAUUUCGAGGUCUUAGGUUUAUGUGGAAAUCAUUUACUUGUUCUGAAUGCAAUAGUCUGUUGUUACUUGUUGCA